AAAUCACUUUGUAUUAUUUAAAACAGCUUCUUAUCUUAAUUAUUUAAAACAUAUAAUGUAAUUUGAUAUCUCCGAUGUUACCAUAAAGUUAAAUCAAAUAGAAAUACAUUGUGUAUUGCUUCUACAUUGAGAUUAUUUGUGGACGUGUUUGUGCGAUCGACGUAUUAUGGCGAAAGUGAGUGUAGAUUUGCCAGAUAUCGAGAAUAUCUUGGCUCUCAAUCCGCGCGUUAGAGAAUACUCCAAUUUCGUUCCCUCGAGUGCCACCAAAAAGAACAAGACUCAUUGGAAAAGAAAUUUGGACAAGAAAUGUAAUAGUUGUUCGUCUUUGGACAACAACUUUUCUGAUGUCAAACCCACUACGUUGAGCGAAAGAGCCGCUCUAAGAGAAGCAGCCAGAUGUUUAAAGUGCGCUGAUGCUCCAUGCCAAAAAUCUUGCCCUACUCAGCUCGACAUCAAGUCAUUUAUAACAAGCAUAGCAAAUAAGAAUUAUUAUGGAGCAGCUAAAGCUAUAUUUUCCGAUAAUCCAUUGGGUAUUACAUGUGGUAUGGUAUGCCCCACCAGCGACCUAUGUGUCGGUGGAUGUAACCUACAAGCUUCAGAAGAAGGGCCUAUUAAUAUUGGUGGGUUACAACAAUUUGCAACUGAGAUAUUUAGUAAAAUGGGUGUUAAACAAACACGAAAUCCAAGAACCCCUAGGCCAAAAAAUCCUGAUUCUAAAAUAGUUUUGGUAGGUGCAGGGCCUGCUUCUUUGUCAUGCGCUUCCUUCCUUGGACGUUUAGGGUAUGAUAAUGUUACGAUUUUUGAAAAGAACGACGUCAUUGGUGGUUUAAGUACCACUGAAAUUCCCCAAUACCGACUUCCAGCAUCUGUAGUAAACUUCGAAAUAAGCUUGAUACAGGAUUUAGGAAUAAAGAUCGAAACCGGCAGAUCUCUUUCUACCAAAGAUCUCACAGUAGAUAGACUCUUGAAAGACGCCAAAGCUGUGUUCCUAGGGAUAGGUCUUCCUCAACCCAAAAUAGACCCGCUCUUCAAAGAUUUAACCGCAGAUAUGGGUUUCUACAGUUCCAAAUCAUUUUUGCCUAAAGUUGCGCGGGCUAGUAAGAAUACGGAAAACGCCAGUUGUCCUUGCAAGCAAAGUGCCGAGAUGUUGCCAAAAUUACACGGAAAUGUGAUUGUUUUGGGAGCAGGUGACACUGCUUUUGACUGCGCCACGUCAGCUUUAAGAUGUGGAGCCAAGAAAGUCUUCGUGGUGUUCAGGAGAGGAUUUACUAAUAUUAGAGCCGUACCAGAGGAGGUGUCAGUAGCAGUUGAAGAGAAAUGUGAAUUGAUAGGAUUUUUGGCCCCUCAUUCUGUCAAUGUUAAAAAUGGAAAAAUAGUUUCCGUUACGUUCAGUAGAACUGAAGAAACUGAAGAUGGCAAGUGGGUACAAGAUACUGAACAGCUUAAUACCAUCAAAGCGAGCUUCUUAAUAUCAGCGUUUGGAUCAGGAGUAGAAGAUCAGGAAGUAAUCGCUGCUUUAGCUCCCCUGAAACUAGGACCUAACAACCUUCCAGUAGUUGAUGUUAAUACCAUGCAGACAUCUCAUCCUUCAGUCUGGUGUGGUGGUGAUCUCGCUGGAGUCGCUGAAACUACAGUGGAAGCUGUGAAUGAUGGAAAAAUAGCAGCCUGGUACAUCCACUGUGAUUUAGAGGGUUUACCAGCAACUACAAAACCAAAACUACCCCUGUUUCACACGGAUAUAGAUGAGGUGGACAUUUCUGUAGAUAUAUGCGGUGUAAAAUUCGAAAAUCCUUUCGGAUUGGCUUCAGCUCCUCCUGUAACCAGUGCUCCGAUGAUCAGAAGAGCAUUUGAACAAGGGUGGGGCUUUAUUGUGACGAAGACAUUCUGCUUAGACAAGAAUGAAGUAACGAAUAUAUCUCCUCGAAUCGUCCGUGGCUCUACAUCAGGUAAUAAUUAUGGACCACAACAAGGCUCAUUCUUAAAUAUCGAAGUUAUAUCUGAAAAAUGUUUGGACUAUUGGCUACAAGGAAUAAGAGAAUUGAAGAAGGAUCAUCCCACCAAGAUCAUUAUUGCUAGUGCUAUGUGUGAGUAUAUCGAAAAAGAUUGGAGAGAAAUAACAAGAAGAGUAGAGGAAGCAGGAGCUGAUAUGUUGGAGCUUAACUUAAGUUGUCCUCAUGGAGUCAAAGAAUCUGGAAUGGGAUUGGCUUGCGGACAAAAUCCAGAAAUGGUAAAGAAUAUUUCCAGUUGGGUUAGAAGUACAGUAAAGAUACCAUUUUUCAUCAAAUUGACACCAAAUAUUACCGAUAUUACAGUUUUGGCGCAAGCUGCAAAAGAUGGAGGAGCUUGGGGUGUCUCAGCUAUCAAUACCAUAUCUGGUUUAAUGCACAUGAAUCCAGAUGGUACUUCAUGGCCAGCAAUUGGUGUAGAUAAAAGAACCACCUACGGUGGCGUCAGUGGUAAUGCGACUAGACCUGUAGGACUUAGAGCCGUUUCCGCAAUAGCAGAUAAAAUACCAGAUUUGGCGAUAUUGGGUGUUGGAGGUGUAGAGUCUGCGGAAACAACAUUGCAAUAUUUGCAAUGUGGAGCGUCUGCAGUGCAGAUCUGUAGUGCAGUUCAAAACCAGGACUUCACUCUUAUCGACGACUACUGCACCGGCCUUAAAGCUUUGUUGUACUUAGAUGGAAAACUAAAUGGUUGGCAAGGACAGAGUCCACCUACGUACAAACAUCAGAAAGGAAAAAAUGUUGUGCCAGUUUAUGAUGGAAAUGGAAAGAAAUUACCUCACUUCGGCAACUACCAAAAGAAGAGGGAAGAGAUACUUAGCAAACUCUACAAGGAAUCCAAAUAUAACGAUGAACCACUACUAAAUCAUGAAGACAAAGCCAAAUCAGAUCUUGCUAAUGGAAAUGGUUUACAGAAUGGAACCAAUGGAUUUACCGUAAAGGGUGUCAAGGAUAUAAUUGGACGAGCUUUACCGAAAAUUGGGGAUUACAAGUUGUUAAACAAUAAAGAGCAAGUUGUUGCUUUAAUUGACGACGAUAUGUGUAUCAACUGCGGAAAAUGUUAUAUGGCUUGCAACGACUCUGGGUAUCAAGCUAUCCAUUUCGACCCAGAAACUCACAUUCCCCGUGUCAAUGAUGACUGCACCGGCUGCACAAUGUGUCUUUCCGUGUGUCCUAUUAUAGAUUGUAUUACGAUGGUACCAAAAACCAUACCGCAUGUGAUCAAAAGGGGUAAAAUUGGUAGUCCAGUGAAAUUAGUGCACGCGUUGAACUAAUCUGAUCUAUAGUGCCCGGUCAUAGGUUUAGUUUUAGUCAAUUAUAAUCACUUUAUGAUUAAAUAUUAUUUUUUUGUGCUGUUGUUUCUUAAUAAAUGAAGUACAAUUUGU